UGUCAUCUUAUGAUGAAGUACCGGAUGAUUUCCCAGUUCUCUCCUCUUCAUUAAUUGAUGGGUGGAGCCCCCUCCUCUCCUCCAUUGGCAGUCACUGCACUUCAGCAAAGACUAGUAUACUGGAAUCAUUAAUAACUGUACUGAAUGAUGGAGAAGUUGCUGAUAUUCAGUUAUUGUUACUGGGGUGGAUUGGUCUAUUAUUAGAAGAUGAUACUAUUAAUAGUAACACUGAUAACGUUACAUCAUCAAGUGGAUUCAUUGAAAUAGAUUUAUCAGUUGAUUCAUCGUUAAUGGCUGGUCCAGUUCAUUAUGAUCAGUUAUUAAUGACUUCCAUUAAUAAUCCCGGCCCUUAUACCUACUUAAUUAAUGAGAGGUAAUUACCACAAUACAUGU